AUGAAUGUUUCGAUAUUUAAAAGAACCCUUAAUCCUAAGUAAUUUUUAUAUUAAUUUAGGAUACAAAAGCAAAAGAGUAUUUAUGUAAAAGUCAUUAAGAAGGUAUAGAAUUGCUUUUAAUUGAUGAAAAAAAUAAAGUUUAAAAAUUUGCUUGUAUUUAAUGUGUAUCAGAAAAAUAAGGAAGAUAUUUAACACUUGAGUAAUUGGAGUAGUCGUUUAGUGAUUACUAAUAAUAAUCAGAAAAGUCAUUAAGACAUUUUUAAUAAUUAAAGAAUCAAUAAAUAAGUAACAGCAUUAGCAUGUUAAGGCAAGCUAAAGAAGACUAUACAUAAAAAAUAAAUCUAUAUAUUAAAUAAUUAGAGGAAAGUUCAAAGUCUUUUGAAAAUAUCAUUCAUUCAACUUUAUAAUUUAAGGAUCAAAAUAUAUUUAAAUUAGAAUAAGACCAAGUAUUACAAAUAUUAGAACCAGUAUAUUUGAAUCAAAGUCCAAAUCAUUAUUUUUAAAUAAUAAAUAAUUCAUUAGAAUAGGAUAGCCAGUUGUAUAUCAAUUUUGAAUAAAGUAUGAAAGAGUUGAUUACACUUCAAUUUCAAAAUUCAAACCAAAUCUUUCUAGAAUAAUUAAGGCAAAGGUUUUUAUUGAAGUCACUUGUAAAUAAGAUUAAAGAAUAAAAUGAAAAUAAUAAAUUUGAUUAUCUUAUAUCAGGUGAUAGUUGUAAUCAAGCUAACCUUAUUUUUGAAAAUUAAAUAAAUAUUUUUCUGUUUAAUAAAAUGCAAAUGUGCAUACAAUAUGAAUAAUUUGUAAAAAAUUUUGAAAAUCGUAAUAAGCUAUCUUUUGAAUAAGUCCAAUUGAAUUAAAAUUUAACAGAAGAAUAAAAUAAAUUAAAAUAAUAAUAUAAUAAUUGUGAAUAAUGGAAUGAAAUUUAUAAAAUGAAUUUAGAAAAGAAAAUUAUCUACUUAGAAAGUUUAAAGACUAAAAUUAAUUCAAUUAAUUUUUGCAAUCAAAUAUAAAAUGAAAUGUAAAUUUAAACUGAUGAAACAAUAUAAAGCAUGGAACAAAAAAUAAAUUAGGUUUUCUAUUAAUUUUAUUUUUAGUAUGAGGGAAAGAUCUUUCAACUUUAAAAGGAAAAAGAUAAUUUAAACCAUCCAAUAAAAAUUAAAUGUAAUUAAUUUAUACUUACUAAAAAAAUUAGAAUAAACUUCUAUCUAACCUCAAUCAUUGGCAGUUAAGUAAACAAAUCGUAUUCAAAAAGGUUGAAAUUACUUAAUAUUAAAAAUUAUUAAUUCUAUUCUCAUGUAUUUUCUUUUCAUUAAAUGACUUUGAUAAAUUUCUUUCUUAUAAUUGAGCUUAAGUGUCUUAAAUAUUAUUCCCAGUAUUUUCACUGGUAUAUUCAAUCUAAGCAGUUUUAUUGUUGUUGA